AUGGAAGCUUUUAGUUUUAUUUUUCCUGAAGUUUUUGAAGAACUUAUUGUCCAAUAUACCAAUUCUUUAAAAAAUAAGAACAAAUACAAUAUUCAUUUAAUUGAUCAAAAUACAUAUGAUGAUAUUAAAAAAUUCUUGUUUGGAAAUGAUCAUGUUGUACAUAUUUCAUUCAACAAUAGAACAACAGGUGCUAGAAAUAAUGUCAACAAAAAUAUUCGCUCGUUACCAGUUUUAAUUAAAGAAAAUAUGUAUAAAGUAUUUUGUUUAGCCCAUACUGAAGUUAGUCACAAAAAAAUAGCUAGUACAUAUGAAAAAUUGCGCAAUGAAUGGGGUAAUAUUAACAAAAAAUUGGUUGAACUUUUUUGUGAGAAUUGUUCUAUUUGUGCUAUUCGUGUAAACAGAAAAUUUAGUAAUGAAGUAGCAGGAAAAGCAAUAAUUGCUAGAAACUUUUUAUCUCGUUUACAG